CUUUAAAAACUGGCAAACUGCAUGCUAUGGACUACACAACCACUUUGAAUAAAGAAGUCAUGGAUGUUGGAGGAUGUACUCAGCUAGACCCAGUGAACUGUCAGAGCAACAUGGGAAACCUCCUAUAAGCUCCACCCCUUCCCAGACUCAUCAGAAGAACACAGCAAGACACAGGAAGGUGACAGCAGGAGCAGCCAUCUGCCACGGAGAGCCCAGCUGUCUGACGCCUCACGGGAAGAUGCUGCGUGGAUGGGGUGGCCCUGGUGUAGGUGUGCAUGUGCACACUGCCCUGGGAGUGCUGUGUUUCUGUCUCACAGGAGCUGUGGAGGUCCAGGUUUCUGAAGACCCUGUGGUGGCCCUGGUGGGCACCAAUGCCACCCUACACUGUUCCUUCUCCCUUGAGCCUGGCUUCAGCCUGGCACAGCUCAACCUCAUCUGGCAGCUGACAGACACCAAACAACUGGUGCACAGCUUUGCUGAGGGCCGGGACCAGGGCAGUGCCUAUGCCAACCGCACAGCACUCUUCCCUGAUCUACUGGCACAGGGCAAUGCAUCCCUGAGGCUGCAGCACGUGCAUGUAGCUGAUGAGGGCAGCUAUACCUGCUUUGUGAGCAUCCGGGACUUUGGCAGUGCUGCUGUCAGUCUGCAGGUGGCAGCCCCCUACUCGAAGCUCAACAUGACCUUGGAACCCAACAAGGACCUGUGGCCAGGGGACAUGGUGACCAUCACAUGCUCCAGCUACCAGGGCUACCCCAAGGCAGAGGUGUUCUGGCAGGAUGCAGGGCAGGGAUUGCCCUUAACUGGCAACGUGACCACAUCCCAGAUGGCCAACGAGCAGGGCUUGUUUGAUGUGUGUAGCAUGCUGAGGGUUGUGUUGGGGGCUAAUGGCACCUACAGCUGCCUGGUGCGUGACCUGGUGUUGCAGCAGGAUGCACACAGCUCUGUCACCAUCACACCCCACAGAAGCCCCACAGGAGCUGUGGAGGUCCAGGUCCCUGAAGACCCUGUGGUGGCCCUGGUGGGCACCAAUAUCACCCUACACUGCUUCCCUGAGCCCAGCUUCAGCCUGGCACAGCUCAACUUUAUCUGGCAGCUGACAGACACCAAACAACUGGUGCACAGCUUUGCCGAGGGCCGGGAUCAGGGCAGUGCCUAUACCAGCUGCACAGCGCUCUUCCCUGAUCUGCUGGCACAGGGCAAUGCAUCCCUGAGGCUACAGCGCGUGCGUGUACGCAUUCGUGUAGCUGAUGAAGGCAGCUUCACCUGCUUUGUGAGCAUCCGGGACUUUGGCAGCGCUGCUGUCAGUCUGCAGGUGGCAGCCCCUUACUCGAAGCCCAGCAUGACCCUGGAGCCCAACAAGGACCUGCGUCCAGGGGACAUAGUGACCAUCACGUGCUCCAGCUACCAGGGCUAUCCCGAGGCGGAGGUGUUCUGGCAGGAUGGGCAGGGAUUUCCCUUGACUGGCAAUGUGACCACAUCCCAGAUGGCCAAUGAGCAGGGCUUGUUUGAUGUGCACAGCGUGCUGAGGGUGGUACUGGGUGCUAAUGGCACCUACAGCUGCCUGGUGCGGAACCCAGUGUUGCAGCAAGAUGCACACGGCUCUGUUACCAUCACAGGGCAGCCCAUGACAUUCCCCCCUGAGGCUCUGUGGGUCACUGUGGGGCUCUCUGUCUGUCUUGUGGUACUGUUGGUGGCCCUGGCCUUCGUGUGCUGGAGGAAGAUCAAGCAGAGCUGCGAGGAGGAAGAAAAUGCAGGAGCUGAGGACCAGGAUGGGGAUGGAGAAGGAUCCAAAACAGCCCUGCGACCUCUGAAACACUCUGAAGGCAAAGAAGACGAUGGACAAGAAAUAGCCUGACCAGGAGCUGCUGCCCCUGCCAGGGGCUACAUAUUCUGGCUGUAUUGGGCUCAGUGUGAGCGCUGCCCUCAACCAUGGGUCCUGCUCCCACAGGACUACCCAUUCUCCAAAGGAUGCAGUACAUAGGCCACCCGCAGCCUUAUUUCUCUGAUGGACUUAAUUCCCAAGUCAUCCUGCUGCCUUAUUUCACCAGUGACACGAUACAUGAACAUCCUGCUGCCUUAUUUCUUCUGGACACACACACACAUCACCCCACCUGGAUAUUCUUCCAAUGUUAUCAGCUGCCUUAUUUCUCCAGUGACAUUACACAUGAACCAUCCUGUGGCCUUAUUUCUUGUGACUGCUACACAAACCACCCACCUCCUUACUCUUCCCAAACCACAGGGACCAGGUGGCUGCUCUUCAGACUCACCCCUGCCUUAUUUCCUAGAAGACACAUCACACAGUUACCUCUUUGUUGUUUCUCCUGUGCUCCAUUUCUUAGCCCUUUUCCUGCCCAGUUUGGGAUCCUGUCUCCUCAGCAUCUCCCAAGUCUAGCAUGACUCCCCUGCACCAUCCUGCGCUGGCCCUGGCCUUGGUCUUCUCCCUCCCCAACUAAGUGAGACUGGGUAUGCUACCCCACCACAUGUACAGGUGCAUAGAUACCUGCAACUGCAUGUGUUGGAACACGUAUGGACUUCUUGGUCUCCUCUGGCUGCCCUGGGCUGUGCCCAUCCUCUCCACACAUGAACCAUGUGCUGGUCACAUAGGUUCUUGGGCACCCUGGGUGUCAGUCUUCACCCUUCUGUUUUAUUACCAUUAGAAUCUUUGUUUCUUUUACUUUUCUAGUAAAUUAAUGUUCAUUGAGCAAACCACAGGGGUCAGCACUGUGUUGGAUGCCAGGGGUUCUGCAGGAGAAACAGAGUCCCUCCCUUUAGCUGGGAAAUGGCCUUGUUCCCGACUGUACCCAGUAGUGCCCACAGCUUCCAGAUACCUCACCCUCACCCCACACUACUCCAUACCCAUACCCUGGGGUUGCCUCAACAGCUGGAGCCUGGGGCAGGCUGGGAGGGCCUGCGGACAUGAAGGAACUGCCUCUUUACCAUGGUGCUAUUCCGGAGCUGGGACGCACACCUGGCUUGUGUCUGGCAACCCUAGUCUCUGGCACAGCAGACCUGAUGUCCUCCUGAAUGAAUCUCUUCCACCCCAGGACUGGAAACCAUGAGGAUCAUUUAAACAUGGGACUCUGUACUCGGG